AUGUACAAUUCCGGCAAAGGUAAAAUGGUGGCAGUAGCGGAAUUAGUGAAAAUUCGGAACAAGGAACGAAAUGCAAUGCUUAGUGCACUAAAGCGCAAAAAGGGCAAAGGCAAAAGUGGACCCAACAUUCUGGAUGAAUUUCAGCAGGAAGGCCAGAAUCAGGGCGACUUGAAAAAAGCUCUAAAAUUGUUGGAAGGAGGCGGCAAGGGAGGAAAAGGCGAGUCGAAAUACCGAGAGGUAACCUGGAAACUUGACGAGCGUGGUGCGAUGGGUGAAAAUCUGGUUGGUGUUUGUCUUCUGCAGGGAACGGCGAUUCAUAAUCAACUUGCUAUCAAAUUAAUUGAAGCCUAUCCAAAGCUUGUUAACGAUAUAUUUAUCAGUGAAGAUUACUACGGUACUUCAUUUUUUUUGUUUUGGGUGUAG